AUGACUUUCUUCAACGCCUAUCUGCAUCUCUACGUACUGUUCGUCCUCGGGACUUUAACUUCCUCCGGUCCUACCUCUUCAGACUAUAUUGACCUUGGUUACGCAAAACACUCUGUUACAACCACUAACGCCACAGCCCGAGGCCACAAGAUCAAUAUCUACAAGAACAUCCGCUUCGCUCAGCCUCCAACAGGCGACCUACGCUUCAAGUGGCCCCAGCAGCCAGUACAUCAUGACGGCAUACAGAAUGGCACGCUCGCACAUGGAUCAACCUGCAUCAGUUCCGCCCCGGCAUAUGUACCCUUCCCACCCUUCAAUGGCACCCACUUCGGCAGCGAGGACUGCCUAUUCCUCGACGUUUACGUCCCGCAGAGCGUCAAGGCAGCGGAUAAAGUCCCAGUUCUCCAUUGGCUCUACGGGAGCGCAUACGCCUUCGGCGGUAAAGACUAUUUCUCCAAUCCCAUGGGACUCUUCGAUGAGUUGUUGAGCAACGAGCGGCCAUUCGUGUUCGUGACAAGUAACUAUAGGAUGGGGCUGUACGGCUUCGCCUCAUCUCCCUACGAAGAAGGCAUGGAUCCCAACAUUGGUCUCGCAGACGGUCGGAUGGCCCUCGAGUGGACACAAAAACACAUCGACAAGUUCGGCGGGAAUCCCAAAGAUGUGACUGCCGUCGGCCAGAGCGCCGGUUCCGGCAUCGCCGAAAUGAUCAUCGCCGAAAGCAAGUAUAGGCAGGUCCCAUUCCAAAGGGCUUUUCUUUCGUCUUCUGCUCUGCCGCUGAAGCGCAACGUUACGGCAAGGCGGGAGGAAGUAUACCAGACCAUGCUUGAAUUGUCCAACUGUACAUCACUUGCCUGUCUCAAGAGGUUGUCGGAGGCUGAGCUGAGUGAUGUCAAUAACAUUAUGGUCACCAAGAUGCCGAACUAUGCCGGUGGAGGGUGCUAUGGGCCGGGUAUGGGGUUUGCACCGUUUGUUGAUAAGAAGACUGUGCAUGAUCUGACGACUGUUACGCUGUCGGAUCAGCAUGGGGGUGAUGGGUUGAAGGGACUGAUCAUGAGCAAUAUGCAGAACGAGGCCUCAACCCUCUCUUCAGACUCCAACAUGCCAGAAGCCUUCCCCUCUCUCGUCCGGCGCAUCCUACCCUCUGCCUCCAACGUCACCAUCGCUACGAUCCACUCGUUCUACCGUUACCCACCUAGUCUCCCUGAGAAGCUUGCAUGGGACUGGACGGGCGAUGCAGUGUUCUUUUGCCAUGCUCUGGCAAUGAUAGGAAAAUAUGGUGGGAGGGCAAGGAAAUAUGUUAUGAGCAUACCGCCAGCGGUACAUGGACAGGAUUUGAGCUAUUCCUUCUAUCCCAACUUCCCACUCGGCUUUGAUGUCGAUGAAGGCACAGCCAGGGGACUGCAACAGCUGUUAGGGGAUUUCAUGUAUGGUAGGCCGUUGGAGUUCAAUGGCAUUGGAGGGGAAAGGCUACAGUGGCAUUCAUUUGGGAAUGAUGCGGCGAUCUUGAACAUUACAGCAAAUCGAUUUGAGAUGGAUACGACGGUCGAGGAUGUGGAGAGAUGUAGGAAGGUGAAUGCUAUUAUGAUGGAUGAGAAGAACGGGAUCUGA